AUGGCGACGGCAGACGGCUCAAAUGAUAUUUUAUCAAAAAAAGACGGCCAGUUAUAUUGUGAACCAUGUUUAAAUGAUGGACAUAGACAGAAUGUUGAAGGUUUUUGUCUGGAGUGUAAUGAGUAUAUGUGUCAACCCUGCCUUGGUAUGCACAGGAAACUACGUGUGUCGAAAUCACAUCAUGUUAAAAGAGGAGAAGAAAUGCCUACGGAGAAGCCAAACAAACAAGUACAAUAUCCCAUUCAAAUCGAUUGUAAUUUCCAUAGUAACAAUAAAAUAACGUCUUUCUGCCAAUCACAUCAACAAUUAUGUUGUGACCAGUGUGUGAUUCUGGGGCAUAAAGUUUGCACUAACGUGAAACCCGUAGGCGAUUAUUUUCAAGAGUUUAUUGAUAGCAAGGACUUUAAAACAUCUUUUGAGACUCUAAAGAGUUUACAAUCCGCCUACAGCGGGAAAAUGAACGAAGCCAAAAUACAUCUUGAGGAAAUUGACUGGUAUUACCACAACGCAAUGGAUAAGUUCAAAGCUGAACUUGAUAAAAUCAAGAUAGCAGAUAUAGAAAAGUUACGGGCUAUUGUUGCUUCAUAUGAAUGUGUUCUUUUCCAGCUGGCUGCCUGGUUUGAAGACAUAGACACAUGUACGAAAAACAAACAGAGCAAGGAACUCGCCGUUCUGAUGUUGAGAAUUAAACGAGAAGCAGAUGCGAUUAAAGACAACGUACAAAGUUUAUGUACCGACGAAAGUUUUGUCAGAUAUGCAUUUGUUCCAGAUAAAACUUCACUGCUUCGUCUAGUCAAAGCACCUUUUCUUGUUCAGACGAUCUCUAUCAAGCAUAAAGAUGACGCAAACGCAUGUCUAAUAGAAGACAUUGCACUUUUAACACAAAGUCUGAUCUUAAUAACCGACUUCAAGAAUUCAAGUCUGAAGAUAUUAAAUACUGAUACGGCUACUCUUGUUGCAUACGUUAAAUUGCAAUCAAAACCAUGGCAGAUGUCAAUUACAGAUCAAGGUGAAGCUUGCGUGGCACUUAAUGGCCAAUCUAAAAUACUCCACCUGACGUCUCCCGCAACAGACAUUGCCACUUUCCGCGAAAUUAACAUAGAUGGCAAAUGUUGGGCCGUAGAAUGUAUCAACAAAACCCUGAAGGUAUUAUGUGUGUCUCCUGCCAAACUCCUUGAAAUAGAUAGAAAUGGAAAACUAGUCGGAAUUGUCAACAACGACUUAAGUAAGGAAACCACCGAGAAUGGAGAACAGUUCGUCACUAAUCCGCGUUGCUCAACACAAGAUAAAGCAACUGGUUCACUGUACGUAUCAUGUGAUAAAAAACAUUCAAUAACGGAAAUAAAAAGUGAUGCUAAUGUCAAGUUGCUUGUUAAGUCAGACAAGCUCAAUGGUCCUUAUGGUCUGUGCAUGGACUCUGAUGGUUCCAUCCUUGUAUGUAGCUACAAUGGCAAGGAUGUGUUUAGAGUGAAGAUGGAUGGAGACAUCCAAAGCGUUUUACUACAACCUCUAGACUUUAAACCUAUUGCUGUGGCUCUAGAUAAACGUACGAAGCAAUUAUUUGUCGCUGGAGAUUGUGAUGAGAUUCAUGUGUUUCAAAUUUAA